AUGGAUUCUUCUCAACUUUCCUUCAAAGAAAAGCUUGAAUUUUUUGAAAAAAACGAUAAAAAGUCGCAUAGAAAAGUUUGUUCAACGCCAAAGUUUAAAUCAUGUUUCAAUAUCGUCACACGAAAUAAACCUAAUAUGAAUGAUAGUCGUCAAGGAGCACAGGGGAAUGAAAAAAAAUCUUCCCCUUCAACAACCGACAAUAAUUUUGUGUCAUCGUCAUCAGCUCCCACUACUUCAUCUUCUGUUGAUUAUAUGAAAAGUCUACUGAACAAUCUAACCUUAUCAUCAAACAAAGCUGCAUCUAAAAAUAUGAAAUUCGACAGCAAUAUCAAGAACAGUCCAAAAAUUCAAAAACUUUACAAUGACGAAAAUCGACGUCCUGACAUUUUAGAAGUUUUCAAUGAUUUGGACAAGUUCAUUGAAAAGGAAUUAAAUGAGAUUGAAACUAAAAGACGCAUAAAUCGUCAAUUGGAAGAUGAAAAAGUAAGUGAUGCCUUGAAGAAUGUUAAAAAAGAAUAUUCGAAUGACAUUUUGAAACAUCAAAAAGAGUUUGAGAAACAAAUGAAAAGCAAAAUCAAUGACAAAAAAAAUGUUGAGAAAAGUCAAAUUGAAUUGGAUUCCAUUGACGAUGAACAAAAGAUUCAUUCAAUAAAUGAGAAAAUGAAUCGAUUGAGAAUCAAGAAAUUGGAACAGUUGAAAGUAGAAGGUGAAAAGCAGGAAAAGUUGUUGACAAUGAUUUUCCAAGUUCUGCAACAUGUGACAGUAAAUGAAGAAAAUCUCGAAGAAAUAAUGAAAAUUGAACGUCAUUAUUUGGUUGCCAGUAUUCGUUUACAAGCUUCCAUGGCUGAAGUCAAUCGUUUAUCUCACUCAGAAAGUUUCCAUUCGCCACCAUUUCAUGUCAAAGGAAAAUGUGAAAUAAGUGAAGUUAUGUUGGAAAUCAAACAAAAUUAUCUAGAACGAUUCAGAACAUCUCGCAAUGAAUUCAUCCUCGUUCUCUUCAAAUACGAUGGCGAAGUUAUCGCUUCCAAACCACUCGCCAUCACUGAUGACAUUCGCACAAUUAAAUUUUCUGAAAUAUUUCAAUUCUCUGAUGUUUAUCUCGACUUUAACAUUCGAGUUGAAAUCUACGGGACAACAUUUUGGAGUCAAAAGCAAUCAAUUCGUGAGACUACUUUGAAGUUUUUUGGAUUUUUCUAUUUAACAGCUUGCGAUUCAAGUGACAAUCGUCAACGAUUUGAUAUGAUUGAAGUUAUUAAAACCGACAACAUUCCUUUGCGUAAGAAAGUUUCAAUUAAAUUCAAACAAUUCAUCACGCCUGACAUUCACCAUGAAAAUGAAUUGCUCGUUAAGUUGGGAAAUUCUUGGGUGAAAACGAAUGCAGUUUUAUGUGGACAUCUUCUUGAAUUCUCUUUGAUAUCUGAUGAAAACGCUGAGCCAAUUCUACUUGAUCUUCAUAAUCUCGACAGUGAUUUUGUCAUUCCAAUCGUUUCAAACGUCUCAAUGAAGCCAUUCACAUUUCUACUCAAAUUCAAUCAUUACAUCAAUGACAAUGAUUUCUUCUUACCAGUUGCAGCUGAAAGUGCCGAAGAUUAUUCAUUUUGGGUUGGCAGCAUCAACAAAGUUCUCGCUCUCAUCAAUAAGCAGUAA